AUGGCUGUAGCUUUGCCUCCAGAACUUCUUACCAUGAUUUUAAACGAGCUCAUUAAUGAUACUGCAGCCCUUCAUUCUUGUAUUCUAAUAAACCGAAAUUGGUAUAGAGCAUCUAUACAAUACCUUUGGGCCAAACCUUUUACUUUGCUGUAUACUUGUUUAAAGUCAGAGAACUCUAGAUACAAGACAGAAACACUUAAACUAAUAUCAAGACAAAGAGCAGAAAACCUCAUGAAAACUUUCAUUGAAUGUUUUACCAAUGUAGAUGACAUAAAAGAAGAGUUGGAAAUCUUGGAAAAAAAAUCCAACAAAGAAGCUUCAUUUGACUAUAGUCGAUAUUUAAGAGAGAUUCACUUCAAUGAAGUAUGGAAACUUGUUGUAUAUUGGCUCAAUUUGGAUCUAUCAUAUGGUAGAUAUUCAUGUGAUACAAAAGACAACAUGAAUAGGACUGAAAGACUAACAGUGAGGAUUAUCAGUUUUGCGAUCCAAUACUGUCAACAACUAAGGAUUCUCUCACUUACACCAUGGAAUGUCUUAUCUUACCAACAGCUGAGUCGAUUUAUUGUUCCCACAAAAGAGUUACUACAAUUGAAAAGCUUUACCUGGGAAUCAAAAAGAUCUCACAGGAGGGUCUUUGGAGCACUGUCAAGAGUAGCACAUAAUCUGGAAUCUCUGUCAGUUGACUUUUACUACAGAAAAUAUCAUCUUAAAAAGAAGUCAAGAGAUAGUUUCCAAAGACUUGUCCAGGUUCAACAUAAACUGAAGUCAAUUACAAUAAAAAGUCUGUAUACAGAUAUGGGAUCAAUAAUGGAAUUAAUGAGAUUACAAUCAGCUUCUCUUAAAUCUAUUAAAUUUGCUUGUGUCAACUUUGGUUCAACUUGUUCAAGCUUUGAGGCAGCAAAACUAAACAAAUUGAAGGAUCUUGAGUUACUUUAUUGCACUAUAAUGACAACACAUGGAAUUAAGCCAUUUAUUAUGGCAGAUUUACCGAGUUUGCAACAACUUACUGUUAAGAACACACCUAUAUCAGAUGAAAUAUGGGAACUCAUUUUGCAUAAACAUGGAAAGACACUUAUUGAGAUCAGCAUUGAAAAGCAAAAAUUGUCUGACAGUGUUUUAAGAGUUAUGUCACAGACUUGUAACAGUCUUUCACAUUUAUCUAUUGAUGUGUACAAAGAAUUAAGCAUUUCUCUUGCAUUUAUGGUGGCAAAUUUACCAAAUUUACAUUCUUUAUUAGUAAGGUAUUCAUCACCUUUGAGAGAAAGUUAUUCUGAUGGGCUUUUCAAUGCUUUGUCUAAGCAUUCAAUCCCACAUUUAUAUUACUUAGAAUUGUGCAAUACAGGAAACUUUGAGGUAGACUCUUUGGAGAAUUUUCUAUCAAAAUCAAGACCUUCUCUGAGAUCAUUGAUAAUUGAUGAUUCUUCUGAGAUUACUGAAGCACAUUUCAAUGUGAUUCUUUACCACCUCAGUGAUACACUAAAAACAUUGAGGGUUAAAUAUGACAUUGGACUGGUCAGUAGGGAUUGCAUUCAUAAAUUGAGGAGUAUAAUUGACAAUUUUGUCAGAGAUGGUGAAUAUAUUAGUGAUGCAAGUAUGUUUGAUAACAUUUAUGUAUAUCCUCGUACAGUAGACUUUUUUGAGUAUGAUUUUAGUGAAUUUAUUACAUAUGAGGAUGAUGUCUUUACUCUUGAUGUCUCUACCCCUUCUAUGAAUACAAAUGUAGAUGUUGUCAGUAAUGACCUUGAUGAAUACAUUGCACAGGAUACCUAUGUUGGUAGGUUUGAUUAUUCCGACAUUUUUGCAGAAUACACUGCAUAUAAUGUCUACAACAGCUUAUAA